AUGUUCAUACUUACCACGAUUCAAGACCUGAUACAAAUCAAGCCGCAGGACUUCGAGAAGCCUAGCGCGCAAGCUAUCAAAGAUGUAGUCAACGACAAGUACAGCAACAGGAUCGUUCCUGGCAUUGGCCUAUGCCUCUGCAUGUGGGAUCUCAUUUCAGCGACCGAAGGUUUGAUCGGUCACGGGACUGGGCUUGUCAAUGUUAAUAUCGAAUUCCGCAUGACUGUCUUCCGCCCUUUCCGUGGCGAAAUCAUCUAUGGACGGAUCAAGUCAUCCAACGAAGAAGGCAUCAUUCUUGAUCUGGAAUUCACCUCGGAAGUCUUCGUUCCCUACCAAAAUCUACCGGAGAACUCGUCCUUCUCUAAGGCUGAGAUGGUGUGGAUCUGGAACUCUGAAGGCACAGAACUUUUCUUCGAUAAGGGCGAGCCAGUUCUAUUCAGGGUAGAGCAUGAGGAAUGGUAUGACCAGAGACCGACUAUUAUUGAAAAGGAUGAGAAAGGCGAGAUUAUUGAAGAGAGACCGACAGCCUGGAAGAUAAUAGGCUCCAUGGCUCAACCUGGUCUUGGUCCGACUCUAUGGUGGGCCGAAGGCGGAGAAGAAGAAGAGGGUGAAGAGGGAGAUGUCGAAAUGGAGGGCGCCGAGGAAUGA